AUGGAGGACGCCGCCGCCCACCUCCAGCUCCAGCGCUCGCCGCCGCCGCCCGCCGGGGGCUGCGGCCUCGCCGUCAACCCCACCGCCGCCGAGUACGUCCACGCGCAGGGCUACAGUGUUGUUCUCCCUGAGAAAUUGCAAACGGGCAAGUGGAACGUGUACCGGUCCGCGCAUUCACCUCUAAGGCUGAUAAGUAGAUAUCCCGACAACCCAGACAUUGGAACACUGCAUGAUAAUUUCACGUAUGCAGUCGAGACAUUUACAGACUGUAAAUACCUGGGAACAAGAAUCAGAACAGAUGGAACAAUUGGAGACUACAAAUGGAUGACAUACGGAGAAGCUAGCACGAGCAGGACUGCAAUAGGUUCUGGUCUUAUCUAUCAUGGAGUUCGUGAAGGUGCAUGCAUUGGUCUGUAUUUUAUAAACAGACCCGAGUGGAUUAUAGUUGACCAUGCUUGUUCUGCAUAUUCAUAUGUAUCUGUGCCACUUUAUGACACUCUUGGCCCAGAUGCUGUUCAAUUCAUUGUGAACCAUGCAGCGGUGGAAGCUAUAUUCUGUGUGCCUCAAACUCUAAGCAUUCUGCUAAGUUUUAUAGCUCAAAUGCCAUGUGUUCGGCUUAUAGUGGUAGUUGGUGGAGACGAUGCAAAUAUGCCAUCAACUCCAGUUACUACUGGAGUGGAAAUCAUAACUUACUCCAGGCUGCUCAUCCAGGGAAAGGCUAGUCCUCAACAUUUUCGUCCUCCGAAACCUGAAGAUAUUGCCACUAUUUGUUACACUAGUGGCACUACUGGCACGCCAAAGGGAGUUGUUCUAUCUCAUGAGAACUUAAUUGCAAAUGUAGCAGGAUCAAGCCUGAACAUUAAGUUUUACCCCUCCGAUGUGUAUAUCUCAUAUCUACCUUUGGCUCACAUCUACGAGAGGGUUAACCAAAUUGCAGCACUGCAUUGUGGUGUUGCCAUUGGAUUCUACCAAGGGGAUAAUUUGAAGCUCAUGGAUGAUCUGGCUGCUUUGAGACCGACAGUAUUCGCCAGUGUUCCCCGAAUUACAAAUGCUGUGAAGGAGUCUGGUGGGCUGAAAGAAAAAUUGUUUCAUACUGCAUACAAUGCCAAGAGGCAAGCAAUCCUUAAAGGGAAAAAUCCAUCCCCAGUGUGGGAUAAGUUGGUAUUUAACAAAAUAAAAGCUAGGCUUGGUGGACGAGUGAGACUUAUGAGUUCAGGUGCUUCUCCACUGUCAGCAGAUGUUAUGGAAUUCCUUAGGAUAUGCUUUGGUGGUGAAAUUCUUGAAGGCUAUGGAAUGACAGAGACAUCCUGUAUCAUAUCUACAAUGGAUGUUGGUGACAAAUCAAUUGGUCAUGUUGGAUCCCCAAUUGCAUCUUGUGAGGUGAAACUUGUGGAUGUCCCAGAAAUGAAUUAUACGUCCGAUGAUCAGCCUUGCCCUCGUGGAGAAAUUUGUGUUAGAGGACCUAUAAUAUUCCAUGGUUACUAUAAAGAUGAAGUCCAAACAAAAGAAGUCAUUGACGAAGAUGGUUGGUUGCACACUGGAGACAUAGGUCUGUGGCUACCUGGAGGGCGUUUAAAGAUUAUUGAUAGGAAAAAGAACAUUUUCAAAUUAGCUCAAGGAGAAUACAUAGCUUCAGAGAAGAUUGAAAUUGUUUAUGCCAAAUGCAAGUUCAUUGCCCAAUGUUUUAUAUAUGGUGAUAGUUUAAACUCUUCCUUAGUUGCUAUUGUUGCAGUUGAACCAGAGGUUUUGAAGGCUUGGGCUGCAUCUGAAGGAAUCCAGUGCGAAGACUUGAGACAGCUUUGUGCUGACCCUAGAGCAAGAGCUGCUGUCCUGGCUGAUAUGGAUUCUGUUGGGAAGGAAGCGCAGCUAAGAGGUUUUGAGUUUGCUAAAGCUGUUCGGCUUGUUGCUGAGCCAUUCACAGUGGAGAAUGGUCUCCUCACCCCAACAUUCAAGAACCUCACAGGAAUCAAAGGUUUAUCUGAAGCAAAAGUUGAUAAGAUCUGCGAGGCAGCUGAAAAACUUCUGAACCAGGGCUUCAUGACAGGAAAUGAUCUCCUUCUUAAGGUCAGGGAAGACCCAGUUGGCUCAUACCCUAUGUGUCUCCACUCAGGUUCAUCCCCCAUAUCAAAUUUUGUAGAUAGCACCCGACCUGAAAGCAUUGUGCCAAUUGCUGAGAGAUUUGGGAUGGAUCCCAAUGCUGUUCUCGACAAUAUCAUAUAUGCUCGUGCAUACACAUACGAGCACCAGUACAACUUGCUCCUGGGCCUUGCUGCCAAGAUGGCUGAAGAACCUUUCAGGCUUCUGAUUGUGGAGUCUGUGAUUGCACUAUUUCGUGUUGAUUUCAGUGGCAGGGGUGAACUUGCAGAGCGCCAGCAAAAGCUAGCACAGAUGCUGUCCCGCCUUACCAAGAUUGCUGAGGAGUUCAAUGUUGCAGUGUACAUCACCAACCAAGUGAUUGCUGAUCCAGGUGGCGGCAUGUUCAGAACCGAUCCAAAGAAACCAGCAGGCGGCCAUGUGAUGGCACAUGCUGCCACAAUCAGAUUGAUGCUGAGGAAAGGCAAAGGCGAGCAGCGUGUCUGCAAGAUCUUCGAUGCCCCUAACCUUCCUGAAGGAGAAGCUAUAUCCUUUUCCUUUUGCUUUGAUGGUCCAUGUUUACUGCUUGCGCUAAUGAUCGCCUUACUUUCAUAG